AUGGUGAAGUACUGUAGACGGUUUUGCACCUCGGACGACUCGAAAAUAACGUCCGCCCUGGAGUUAAACAAAAUAAAGAUUGAGGGAUACAUGCGAAACAUAAAAAUAGAAGACGUGAGAACAAUCAGAUGCAUAGAAACGUUGGACUUAAAUAACUACUAUUUGCUCAACCUUUACCUUAAGGAUUUGUAUUUUAUUUUUUUGCGAUUCGUUACUCACCUGACAGAUGAAGAGGAGCAGACGUUGCUGCAUCGGGAGGGGGAGAGAAACGCCUUCCUCUUUAAUACGGAGAUAAGGAGCUACGAUUCGUUUUUGGAACAGGUGAGGAGGCUCAGGAAGGGGUGCAAAGGUCUUGAUCCAGUAAAAGAACCUAACAAGGGAGAAGCUACCCUGGUAGAAACGGGCGCCGCUCCUUCCGACCAUCCCGAUGCAGACUCUUACCUUGUUCCCAACCAACCGAAGAAGAACUCCCCCCGCUUCGAUUACGCAAACGAACUCUUCUACCAUCUCUACUCAGACGACGAAAUUGCACUUCUAAAUAUAGACAAGGAAGUGAACGCCCGAGUGAAGAAGGAAAACCUUUUUGAAAAAUGCACCCGAGUAAAUAACAACAUUAUAAUAUACAUGCUGUCCUACCUUUACUUCAACGACAAGCUGAAGCGCCUUCGGCUGGAUUACAACUUCCAUUUUAUUCUGUUUAAUAGGAGUGGAGGGGAUGAGCGUGGUAGAAAGACUACCUCUUCGGGCGUGGUGGAGGUAGAAGGGGAGACAAGAAAGGAUACCCCCACCGAACAGACUCGCCUCACCCAGGAACACCUCUUCCUGAUUUACCUGUCCCACUUCAAGUUCUACAUCGUGUCUUUUUUUUUGUACUCCUACGUGAAGUUCAAGGGGAGAAGAAAUGCAACCGCACUUCGAAGUGCAACUGCGGUGAUAGCUAGAGGGGCUGCUCGAAGUGCUCCCCCUCCGGAUAAGGAACAGUUCCUGUAUAACCACGAAGACAACUGGAAGAACGUCGCAAGUGUGUCUUCCUACAUUUCCAACUUUGUGAAUAAGGUGUUGCAUGACAUAGAUAUCGCGCUGAAGACGAAUCGAUCUGCCUCUAACAUAGAUGCAGGGAGCGGAAAAACCGACACUGGCUCAUGUACUAGCGAAAUGAUUAACGAAAUACUGAAGAACAAACUUUCGUUUAAGCAGGUGAGAGUGAGUCACCUUGACUUCUGCCUCUCUUGCAUGGUCCUCCUAAACUUGUAUGCCCCAGAUGGGAUUCAGUCUUGCCUUCACUACGGUGUCACCUACGCACACUUUUGUUGCACCUUCGAGAGGUAUUCAGCGUCGCUUGCCCUAUGGAGGGAACUUCAAAGAGCCAACUACUUCUGCUUCUUCGAGGGGAUAAAGCAACUUUCCUUUAUCGAGCGAUGCUGUCUCUUCCCCAACGUAAAACGAAUUCGCCUGGACUACCUCUACAGUAUUCUAUUUUCAGCAAACAACCGGAACAAGUUUGCCCUAAAUAUCAGCUUCAUAGACGAGUGCAUAGCAAUACAUAAUGAGGACAGAACUGCCUACAUGUUGGAGUGCUUGGGCAUGCACAUGAAGGAAGGACGAGUUUGUUUUAACAUGUCUACCAGGAGAGUGGAAGGAGGGAAGGCUGAGGAUGCCCCUAGGUGUGCUAUGCUAGACAACAAGCAAGACACUGUGGAUCUCUUUUUGAAAACGUAUCAAGACAGGAUAGAGGAUUACGUGUACCUCCUUUAUGAUGAAAAAAGCUUUAACCGGGAGAGGUGUUACCGCAAGUUCGACGUACCGUCCAUGGUGUGCUUCGGGGAACACGACAGUGAAGUGGUCUAG